GCCUAAACAGUUGGGUUCAGGAAGAAGAAAUAAUGGCGACGCUUCUGGGGUCUGAGUUUUCUAGUAGUGGAAGAAAAAGAAGGAAUUGUAAUAGCAAUAUAGUCACAAAGUUAACGUCAAGUAAAAUAACCGGCAAAGGUUUCAGCCGAGGAACAGAGCUCCCGGGAGGCUUGCUUCAGGAGAGAGAUAAAUCUGCCAAGUGGCAUGGCAUCCCUGAUUUGCUUCAGAAGCUCCAUGAGAGCAGCCACCCCAACAGUGACCUCUCCCAUGCUCACGUCUUUCUAAAGAGCUUAUCAUCACAACUCUCAAUGGAGGCCAUGUCUUUUGUGACAGAAGACAGGAAGACUGCUCAGGAAUCCACCUUCCCCAACACGUACACCUUUGACCUAUUUGGUGGAGUCGAUCUGCUUGUGGAAAUCUUGAUGAGACCCACACUAACUAUGCAGAAGAAGAAACCCAAAAUGAAUGAUGAGCUGGUCAAAGACUGCCUUAGUGUUCUGUACAACUGUUGUAUAUGUACAGAGGGGGUGACAAAGAGCCUGGCAAUGAGGGACGAUUUUGUUCUGUUUCUCUUCACUCUGAUGACAAACAAGAAGACUUUCCUGCAGACGGCGACACUUAUUGAAGAUAUUCUUGGAGUAAAAAAGGAGAUGAUCCAGUUAGAAGGAAUCCCCAACCUCUCAGGCCUGGUCCAAAGCUUUGACCAGCAACAGCUGGCCAACUUCUGCCGCAUCCUGUCUGUCACCAUCUCAGAACCAGAUAUAGGAAAUGAUGACAAGCACACUUUACUGGCCAAAAAUGCUCAACAGAAGCGCAAUGCGAGCCCAUCUCGAGCUGAGGUCAACCAGGUUACUCUUCUGAACAUCCCUGGCUUUAUAGAGCGGUUGUGUAAGUUAGCCACUAGAAAGGUGUCUGAAGCCACAGGAGCAAACUUUCUGCAGGAGCUGGAGGACUGGUACACAUGGCUGGACAACGCUCUGGUGCUUGAUGCACUCAUGCAAAUGGCCACAGAGGAGGCUGAGCCAAGUAGCCCAGAGUCAUCAGAUGAGAGUUCUCUGGCCACCAGCCCUCUGAGGCACAGGCUGCCCCAGUCAAUGAAGACUGUUCAUGAGAUUAUGUAUAAGGUAGAGGUGCUCUACGUGCUCUGUGUCCUUCUGAUGGGCCGACAGAGGAACCAGGUUCAUAAGAUGCUGGCUGAGUUCCGACUCAUUCCGGGGCUCAACAACCUGUUUGACAAGCUCAUCUGGAGAAAAUACACCGCUUCAAAUCACGUCGUGCACGGCCAGAAUGAGAACUGCGACUGCAGUCCAGAAAUAUCCUUUAAAAUACAGUUCCUGCGGCUACUUCAGAGUUUUAGUGAUCACCAUGAAAACAAGUACCUCCUCCUUAACAACCAGGAGCUAAAUGAACUUAGUGCCAUAUCUAUGAAGGCUAACAUCCCUGAGGUGGAAGCUCUAGUCAACACAGACAGAAGCUUAGUUUGUGAUGGAAAGAAGGGUCUCCUUACACGUCUCCUCACUGUCAUGAAGAGGGAACCCCCCGAUUCAUCAUUCAGGUUCUGGCAGGCAAGGGCAGUGGAAAGCUUUCUCAGAGGAGCAACAUCUUACGCAGAUCAAAUGUUCCUUCUAAAGAGAGGACUUUUAGAGCACAUCCUGUUCUGUAUCAUAGACAGCGGUUGUACAUCUCGAGAUGUCCUUCAGAGCUACUUUGAUCUGCUGGGAGAGCUCAUGAAGUUCAACAUCGAUGCCUUCAAAAGGUUCAACAAAUACGUCAACACGCCAGAGAAGUUUCAGGCCUUUCUGACUCAGAUCAACAGCUCCUUAGUGGACUCCAACAUGCUGGUGCGCUGCAUCGUCCUUUCGCUGGACCGUUUUGAGAGCCAGACUGAAGAUGUCAAAGUGAUGGAGGUACUGUCUGAGUGCUGCCUGUUGUCCUACAUGGCCAGGGUUGAAAACAGACUGUCCUUCCUCUUCCGACUUAUCAAUAUCAUCAAUGUACAAACACUUACCCAGGAGAAUGUGAGCUGUUUAAAUACCAGUUUGGUAAUCUUGAUGCUGGCCAGAAGAAAGGCUAAACUGCCCUUCUAUCUAAACGCCCUGCGGGAGAAGGAGUACACAGAGAAAUACCCCGGCUGCCUGCUUAACAACUUUCACAACCUGCUGCGCUUCUGGCAACGCCACUACCUCAACAAGGACAAAGAUAGCACAUGUCUGGAGAAUAGCUCCUGUAUCCCAUUCAGCUACUGGAAGGAGACGGUGUCAGUACUUCUGGGCUCAGACAGAACUUCUCACUGUGCCAUAGUGAGUUACAUUGAUGAGCCCUACAUGGAUCUGGACAGGGACUUUCUGGAAGAUUGACCUCUAGAGUCAGCAUUCGGUGCGCUGGGAGGCGGAGGGGAGCAUGGACGUCUAAAGCUGGUGAAACCUCCUCUGAGCUGAUCCUUCCAGGUGUUUUUGUGGCUGCAUUCAGGAUUUUAAGACUCCCAAGUUUGCUGUCUGUACCUUCGCAUGGAGGCUGUUAUCACAGGUGUGAGCAGAUAUGGCGUUUGGCUGAUUGUCAUCUUCUCACAAAAUUAAAAUGCUUUUUUUGGGGGGGGGGGGGGGGGGGGGGGUUUGAAAGGAGAACUAAAAUCUGUAGGCCCUGUCCAGAUGGUCCAACAGACAAGACAAUAAGAGACUUUGGAAAAACGACCUGCAUUGGUUGUUUGCUUUAUGUGAAAUUCAGAUAGAGCCUUUUAUAUAGCCUAUACAGAAUUCUAUGGAAAAGUAUGAAUGAACAAAUUAUAUGUAAAAAAAAAAAAAAAAAAAGUUUCUGUUCACAUGAAGUUGAUUUUGAAACUUGGCACAGAUUGAACCCACGUGUGCAGGAUGGUGGUGUGUCACAGGGCUGCCAGGAGUCACCAGCCUCACUCUCGCACUACUUUUAUUAACUCGGUUGACCUUCUACCACACCAAUGCCUCACCUGAGGGGAACAAAUGCUAAUGUUGGAGUAUUAGCUUGGGAACAUUUCGUUUAACCUGUUCUGUGGGCCUGUUUUACUCCGUGGCUGUUGUUGGUUGGUUGGCCCAUUUAAAUAGCAAGAGGGCCUGGUUCUUAUAUCUUAAAGGGUUCCUCAACUCAUUCUGUUGUGGCUUCAGAAGCUUCACCCAGGGACUCAUGUUGGAUUUUUUUUUUUGUUUCUCAGAUCAAUGGCUUUUAGCUCUGGAUAAACUGUAGAAUAAAACAUUGCACAGGAUAAUUGUUUUUAUUGUUUAAUAUAUAUAUAUUAACUCAUUUGUUCAUUAAAAUGUUUUCUUUCUCUAACAAAUUGUUUCAAUGUUGUGAGCGAUGCUUUAGAAAGAGAAUAAACUAUGCAGGUGCUAGUA